AUGGAUGAUAAAACCAAUGGCCUCGUGGACACAGGAAAUAUGACUAUCCUUUUAGGGAAUAUUUCAAACACAAGUGUGCCUCCCAUCCCCUCUCCGGAGAAACUGUCUUUUACGAACGUGGCAGUUGGCAUUGUCAUCUUGGUCUCCUUAUUGGUGGGGACAGUUUCCAACGGCCUCUUCCUCUGGGUGCUGGGGAUGAAGAUGAAGAGGACGGUGAAUACCCUCUGGUUCUCACAUCUGAUUUUCACCUACUUACUUUUCUGCACCUUCCUGCCUUUCUUUGCUGUCUACAGCUUCUUUGGAUUCCACUGGGUCUUCGGCACAGUGGUUUGCAAACUCAUCAAUUCCUUAUUUUCGCUGACGAUGUUCACCACGGUCUUUCUCCUCACCGUCGUCAGCCUGGACCGCUACCUGCUCAUCUGUCAUCCUGUCUGGUCGCAACACAACCGCACAGUUCCCCGGGCACGGAGGCUAGUUGCAGGGGUGUGGCUCUCUUCCUUUGCUCUCAGCCUUCCCUACCUGGCUUUCCAGGAGACGCGAGUGCUGGAGACGGGCAGGACCACGUGCGUCAGCAACUUUGCAUUCUCCAGUGAUUGGGAUGAGCCUGAGACGCAGGGCUUGAGGGCUCGUCUUCACUUAGCUCUCUUUGUGGUCCGGUUCCUGCUGGCCUUCUUGCUUCCCCUCCUGGUCAUCACGAGCUGCCAUUGUAGGAUGGGCUGGGAGAUGAAGAAGAAAAGGCUGGUGAGGAACAGGAAGCCUUUCUGGGUUCUGGUGGCAGCCGUGGCUUCCUUCUUUGUCUGCUGGCUUCCCUUCCAUCUCUAUCACAGUUCAAUGACACAUUGGGGAUCGUUUAGAACAAUACGAUUGGUGUUGCGGGUGAUAAUGGUCCUGGGAGAGUGUUUCAACUUCUGUUUCACCCCCAUUCUCUAUCUGUUUGUGGGGGAGAAAUUCCAGCAGAUAUUCAAGACGUCCCUUCUGUGUCUGCUUAAGAGAAGCUUUACAGAUAUUCCCAUCAUCCCUAUGGACAAUGUCAGUGCCAAUGAGGAGGGCCACCAAAACACUAGCUUCGGCAGCUUGGAGCUGAGGAUCAUUUGUGGGAACAAUCGGCCAUCACCCUGA